AUGAAGUUCUCCAUCACCGCCAUGGCCGUGGCCAUUCCUUCCACUCUGGCCUGCCUUACCUUCUCCGGUUACACCAUCGGCGACUCCGUCAAGGCCGCCUACAUCCUUGACGAUGGCCGGGACGUUUGCGACGCCGUCUGGGGCGUCGGCAACACUGGAAACAGCUGGCUCAUUACCUGCCAGCCUGGCUAUGCCUUGGAGUUCCGCAAGGAUGGCCGUUGGGUUGGCUACGACACCCCCCACGGUCGCUUCACCUGGGACCAAGACGUGAACGGUCCUUCCAGCGGAUUCAGCUGGAACAUCCGCAAGUUCUGCUAA